GUAGCCACGGCCCCAGCUGCAGAUGGCGGGCUACAGUCGCCCGGAGGCCGGGAUGGGGCGGGCAGGGGGCGUUACUGCGGCCCGUGAUGUCACUGUCACGGCGGACCCCGGCGAUCCCCGGCCAGCUGGGUUGCGGGGCUACGCGCUGGCGAUCGGAGCGGGCAGCUCGCUCAUGAGUCAUGGACUUCCCCUGGCCCCUCCUCGACCACUCCCACUGCCUCUCAGGUCCCACCCGUAGGGGCUAACGCGGGCGCGGCGGCUCCGAGGGGGUGGGGCUGCUGGGAAUGGCUGUGUCCCCUUCAGCUUCAGUGCCGUGCUCGCCCUUUUACCUGAGGAGGCAGGCGCCUUGCCCGCAGUGCUCAUGGGGCAUGGAGGAGAAAGCGGCGGCCAGCGCCGGCUGCUGGGAGCCCGCAGGGGCCCCGAGGGCCGCCGUCCCGUGCUUUGGCGUCGCGGUGGAUCAGGACGACAUCCUCCCGGGUGCCCUACGCCUCAUCCGGGAGCUGCGGCCGCACUGGAAGCCCGAGCAAGUUCGGACCAAGCGCUUCAAAGAUGGCAUCACCAACAAGCUGGUGGCCUGCUAUGUGGAGGAGGACAUGCGGGACUGUGUGCUGGUCCGGGUGUAUGGGGAGCGGACAGAGUUGCUGGUGGACCGGGAGAAUGAGGUCAGGAACUUCCAGCUGCUGCGAGCACAUGGCUGCGCCCCCAGACUCUACUGCACCUUUCAGAACGGGCUGUGCUAUGAAUACAUGCAGGGUGUGGCCCUGGGACCGGAGCACAUCAGAGAACCCCAGCUCUUCAGGUUAAUUGCCUUAGAAAUGGCAAAGAUCCACACCAUUCACACCAAUGGCAACCUGCCGAAGCCCACCCUGUGGCAUAAGAUGCACCGUUAUUUCACGCUGGUGAAGGAUGAGAUCAAUCCCAGCCUUUCUGCAGAUGUCCCUAAGGUGGAGGUGUUGGAACAGGAGCUGGCCUGGCUCAAGGAACACCUAUCCCAGCUAGAGUCCCCUGUGGUGUUCUGUCACAAUGAUCUGCUCUGCAAGAAUAUCAUCUAUGACAGCACCAAAGGCCAUGUGCGGUUCAUCGACUAUGAAUACGCAGGUUACAACUACCAGGCUUUCGACAUUGGCAACCAUUUCAAUGAGUUUGCAGGCGUGAAUGAGGUUGACUACUGCCGGUACCCAGCUCGGGAGAUCCAGCUGCAGUGGCUGCGCUAUUAUCUUGAGGCACAAAAGGGAGCAGCUGCGACCCCCAGAGAGGUGGAGCGGCUUUACGCACAAGUCAACAAAUUUGCUUUGGCAUCCCAUUUCUUCUGGGCACUCUGGGCACUCAUACAGAACCAAUACUCCACCAUCAGUUUCGACUUCCUCAGGUAUGCCGUGAUCCGAUUCAACCAGUACUUUAAGGUGAAGCCUCAGGUGUUGGCCUUGGAGAUGCCAAAGUGACCAGCCUCCUGCUCCUUCGCAUCCUUCUGCCGGACCUGCUCCCCGGGGCUCCCUUCUGUCUUGGGGUUGGCGCCCUUGGGGAAGGAAGGUGGGCAGCCAUGGUGAAGGCCUCCAGGGGAUGCCAAUGAAGACUUCAUUUUCCUGCUUGGAGGGGCUGGAGCCUAGUGUUGGAGGGGGUCCCCUUCACCCUGCCAGGCUUGGAGAGGAAGUGCCUGCAGCUAGCAUGGGGCCUAGACUUCCACCCUGUAAGAGCACACCAUUGCCAGCCCAGGCCCGCUGGAGCUUGCGCUGCCUCAGUUUGUCCUUGACCCUUCCUAAUAGGCGAGGGGAAGGGCUCAUUUCUACCUCUGGUGCCCCAGCCUCCAGCUCAGCCACAUCUGCCUCAGGUGAGAGGUGUUGAGCCCCAAGUCAGCAGGAAGCAAACUCUACUGUCACCUUGGAGGCAGAACUCCCUGCUAGGCACAGCAGCGCUAACUUCUCCAAGCCAGAUGCCCUCCAGUCACUCCUUCCCCAGCUCCCGGGGUGCUUUGGCCUCUGCAGAGGGAACAGCAGACCUGGAGUAGAUGUGACCUCGGGCCAGGCUGCAGGUACCAGAACGAGCAGCAGCCUUCACCUCUCUCCCCUCCAUGGAUCUGUCCCACUGUCUUCUAUUGUGAACACAACCAAGGUCUUCCCGCGUGGGAAUCAGCAGUGGAAGCACGGUUGCCUGGGCAUGGCCAGAUAUUGAAAGUGUUACCAGCGCAGUCUCCACCUCCCAGUCCUAGGGGGCAGCUGUAGGCCCCACUGUGAUUCAUUUGUAAAUUAUCAUGUUUUUCUGCAUUAAAAUGUUUGUUUCUGGAA